CUAUCGCUGUCGUUGAUUUACAAUAGUGAUCCUUCUCCGUCGCUGGCCUACUGCCUCUGUGCGCUCACCUCACUCGCGUGUCAACUGGAGCAGCAAGGAUGCGUCGAUGUGGUGCUGCUGCUUGCAUCUUAUUCUCAUAUCCACUGUGGACUAUGGAAUUCUAGGCAAGAUAUUGAGGUGAUCUACGAAAAGCUGGCGAUCCUCGUCAACACUACAAGGGUAUAA